GGGAGAGAGAGACCUCAGAAGCGAAGCCGUCUUGAUCAUGGUUCUUCUUGUAGUACAGAUCCUAUUCCUGCUCCUAACUACGUCCUCCAUGGGAGAGCAUUUCAUCUUCAAUGAUUUCAAAGGAGCCAACCUCAGCUUAGAUGGAGCGGCCGCUAUCACCUCCAAUGGCCUUCUUCUCCUCACCAACGACUCUCACGUCGAGGCUGUGGGACACGGCUUUUACCCUCGUCCCAUUCCCUUCAAAAAAUCUUUUUCUUCCACUUCUUCUUCUUCUGCAAGGAAUGCCACAGUCACCUCCUUCAGCACCCGUUUCGCCUUUGCCAUCACCAGCCAAUUCAGUAACACCAGCUGCCACGGCUUGGCAUUCGUCCUCUCUCCUACUGCCGGCAUAGCCGGCGGGGUGCCGAACAACUACCUCGGCCUCUUCAACAACUCCAACCCCGGCAAUUCUUCCGAUCACUUUCUUGCCGUGGAGUUCGACACCUGUAACGACCCCAUGUUCAGAGACAUCAACAACAACCACGUUGGUCUCGGCGUCGACUCUUUGGUCUCUGUCACGGCUGCUCCUGCUGCCUACUUUGUGACAGACAAUUCAAACGAGCCCAUAAACCUCCAAAGCGGCUUUCUAAUCUACGCUUGGAUAGACUACCAGAGCGAUCGCCAGCUAUUCGACGUGAGCAUUUCGCCAUCGACAGACCCUGUGAAGCCAAAACGGCCUCUUCUAUCCCAGCCUAUCAAUCUCUCCUCUGUUGUCGAAGACUUCAUGUAUGUUGGCUUCUCUUCUGGAGUUGGUAAACUCUCCGGCAAUCAUUACAUCGUUGGAUGGAGCUUUAGUACUGAUGGAGCGGCUCAAUCUCUUGAUGUCUCCCAACUCGCGUCCCUUCUCCAUCCAAAUGACAAAGCGAGAUCAAGAACGUACGUCAUCAUAACCUCCGUUACAGCAGUAGCGUUCAUAGUCAUUGUCUCCAUUGUCUGUUUAUAUGUAGCUUUUAAAAUCCAAAAGAAAAAGAAGGAAAAGCUUGCUGAUAUAAUGGAAGAUUGGGAACUAAACUACCCGCAUAGAUUUCCGUAUAGGACGCUUUACAGAGCUACCAAGGGAUUCAAAGAGAAGGAGAUCUUGGGCAGAGGUGGUUUUGGUAAAGUGUACAAAGGCGUCCUACCAGGAACUUCCACCGAAGUUGCAGUGAAGAGGAUCUCCCACAACGGGGAACAGGGACUGAGAGAGUUCAUAGCAGAGGUCGCAAGCCUAGGAAGAGUGACUCACAGAAACCUUGUUCGACUACUCGGUUGGUGUAGAAGACAGGAUGAGCUCAUUCUUGUGUAUGACUUCAUGCCAAAUGGUAGCCUUGAUAGGUUUCUCUUUGAUGAUGCAAAAGCGUCAAACUUGAUUUGGGAACUGAGGAUGAGGAUCCUCAGGGGGGUUGCUGAUGGGCUGCUGUAUCUUCACAAAGGUUGGGAGCAGGUGGCGGUGCAUAGAGAUGUGAAGGCCAGCAAUGUCCUCUUAGAUGGAGAAAUGAACGCAAGGUUGGGAGACUUCGGGCUUGCAAGACUUCACGAUCACGGCCAGAAUCCACAGACGACCUGCGUGAUGGGCACUGUAGGCUACCUUGCGCCGGAAGUGUACAAAACAGGGAAGGCCACAGUUUGUGCAGAUGUAUUCGCCUAUGGCGCCUUGCUUCUUGAGGUGGUGUGCGGGAAGAGGCCGAUUUAUACAUGGAGAGAUGGCAAUGGAGGAGAAGAGGAGAUAAUUUUGGCUGAGUGGGUGCUCGAGUGGUGGCAGAAGGGGGAUAUAACUGCGGCUGUGGACCAGAGGCUACAGGGAAGGUACGUGAAGGAGGAGGCUGAGUUGGCGCUGAAGCUUGGCCUGCUGUGCUCACGGGCAGCGCCUGAGGCGAGGCCUACAAUCUGUCAACUGGUUCAGUUCCUCAACGGUGAGGCCUCGAUGCAUAGGGCGCUGGAGUACAUGCUAUUUUGAAUAUUCAAAAUAAUACGAUCCAUUUAUUUGACUAUUAAUAUCCCUAACUUUGUACUAAUUGACUUGACAAAUAGUGCAAGCUUUCUUGAACUCAAUUUUGUGCUUUAAACCAACUUGAAUUGGGUAGGGACACGUAGGAUGUUUAAAUAUAAUAAAUGAAGAAAUCUGCUAUUAUUUUGACUUGUUCAUAUACAAGUCAACAAUGGGCA